AUGGUAAUCCCGCCCCCGAAUGUGACUGGGAAGCUCCACCUGGGCCACACUUUGACGGGUGCCAUUGAGGAUGCCCUGACCCGGUGGCAUCGAAUGUGCGGUAGUGCAGUGCUCUGGGUGCCGGGCGUGGACCAUGCCGGCAUCGCCACGCAGAGCGUGGUGGAGCGACGGCUCCUGAAGGAGGAGAAGUUGACCCGCCACGACCUCGGCCGUGAGGAGUUCCUUAAGCGCGUGUGGGCGUGGAAGGAGAUGAACACAGGGCACAUCAAGACGCAGCUGCAGCGGAUUGCGUCGUCUGUGGAUUGGACACGAGAGAGGUUCACCAUGGACGAGCGCUGUGCCCGAGCUGUGGAAGAGGCCUUCAUCCGCUUCCACGAGCGAGGCCUCAUCUACCGGGACAACCGGCUGGUGAAUUGGUGCCCCUAUCUCCGGACAGCCCUCUCCGACCUGGAAGUUGACCACGAAGACAUCACGGGCAAGACCCUGGUGGACGUACCCGGCUUGAAGGACAAGGUGGAGGUGGGCGUGCUGUGUGAGUUCAAGUACACGGUGAAGGGCACCAAGGAGGCCCUGACGGUGGCCACGACUCGUCUGGAGACGAUGCUUGGUGAUACGGCCGUGGCAGUGCACCCCGAAGAUGACAGGUACAAGGCCUUCCAUGGCAAAGAGCUCGAGCAUCCCUUCUUUCCGGAUCGGAAGAUGGUGGUGAUCGCGGACACCAUGGUGGACCGUGAGUUUGGGACCGGGUGCGUGAAGAUCACGCCGGCCCACGACAACAAUGACUUCAAGGCGGGCGUGCGACACAAGCUGCAACAGAUAAAUGUGUUCACGGAGGAUGGCAACAUCAACGAGAACGGCGGUGAGUUCAAGGGCCAGCACCGCUUCGAGGCGCGCAAGACCGUGGAGGAGGCCCUGAAGAAGAAGGGUCUCUGGGUGGGGAAGAAGUCCCACUCCAUGCGCCUGGGCUUCUGCUCGCGGUCCAAAGACAUCAUCGAGCCCUACCUGAAGCCGCAAUGGUGGAUGAACUGCCAGGAUCUGGCCGAUCGAAGUGUGAAGGCUCUCAGAGAAGGGGAGCUCAAGAUUCAGCCCGAGUUCCAUCACCAGACGUGGUACCACUGGCUGGAAAACAUCCAGGAGUGGUGCAUCUCGCGACAGCUUUGGUGGGGCCACCGGAUUCCUGCCUACAAGGUGGUGAAGCCCGUGCAGGCUGAGGAGAAGUGGUUCACAGGCCGGAGCGCCCAGGAAGCGGCCGCCAAGGCGGAGAAGGCGCUGGGCACCAAGGUGGAGGUAGAGCAGGACGAAGACGUGUUGGACACCUGGUUCUCCUCAGGUCUCUUCCCCUUCUCUGUGUUUGGCUGGCCGGACACGGAGAACAACGAGGACUUCAAGGCCUUCUUCCCAACCUCUCUGUUGGAAACUGGACACGACAUCCUCUUCUUCUGGGUGGCCAGGAUGGUGAUGAUGUCCCUGGGCCUCACGGGGAAGCUCCCAUUUCACACCGUAUAUCUCCACGCCAUGGUGCGGGAUGCGCACGGCAGGAAGAUGUCCAAAAGCCUUGGCAAUGUCAUCGAUCCCCUGGAGGUGAUCGAUGGCAUCAGCCUCGAGGACCUGCACAAGAAGCUCUACGAGGGGAACCUCCCAGAGAAGGAGAUCGAGAAGGCGAAGAAAGGCCAGAAGGAGGACUACCCGGAUGGCAUUCCAGAGCUUUGGCUUCUGACAGAACGGAAGGAGUGCGGUGCGGACGCCCUGCGGUUCGGCUUGCUGGCCUACACCCUGCAGGGUCGAAACGUGAACCUGGACAUCAACCGCGUGGUGGGCUACAGACACUUCUGCAACAAGGUGUGGAACGCCACACGGUUCGGGCUGAUGUACUUCGGCAGCGACUUUGCCUUCCCGGGCUCCCUGCGGCCGGACCAGGCCCUGGCCUGGGAGGAUCGAUGGAUUCUCUCCCGCCUCUCCUUCUGUGCCCAGAAGGCGAACGACAGCAUGGCGAAGUACGAGUUUGCGAAUGCGACAACAGCUACCUACAGCUUCUUCCUGUACGAGCUGUGCGAUGUAUAUCUUGAACUGCUGAAGCCCCGUUUCUAUGGGGAGACUCAAGACGAGAGCAUUUUGAAGGACCGUCAGGUGGCCAGGGAGGUUUUGUACGUGUGCCUCGAUUGGUCCAUGCGACUGAUGCACCCUCUGCUUCCGUACCUGACGGAGGAGCUCUAUCAAAGGCUGCCCCCUUCGCCAACGAAAUGUGAGAGCGUGACGAUCGCACCAUACCCGGUGCACGUGAUCGCUUGGCAGAACGAAGCGCUCGAGAAGGAGAUGGAGGUGACCAGCGAGAUCGCAAAGCAGUUCCGGUCACAGAAGACUUCCUUGGGCUUCUCGCCCGGCGCACGGCCCGAGGCCUACAUCAGACACUCCGAUCCCGAGCUGCGGGAAAUGGUGGAGAAGCUCAAGAACCAAAUCUCGCGCAUGGCCGGCGUGGGCUCCAUAACGGUGCUGAAGGAGGCCGAUGCUGACCCCAAGCAGAGCAUGCGGGACGUGGUGAAUGAGAAGUGCCUCAUCUACACCAAGGUGGAGGGCCUGGACCUGAAAGGCGAGAAGGCCAAGCUGGAGAAGAAGGUCACCUCGGCCGAGAAGAUGGUGGACUCCUACAAGCAGAAAAUGUCUGUGCCGGGCUACGAAGAGAAAGUGCCCGAGAAGGUGCGGGAGACGAACACGCAGAAGCUCCAGGCCGCCGAGAAGGAGCUGCAGGAGCUGCUCACGGCUCUGCAGCCUCGGCUUUGGCUUUCUUUUUUAGCUCCCCUUUUUUUUGGGGAUUCUUCCCUCAAGCUUCUGUCUCUCUCUCUCUCUCUUUUUGUUUUUUGUUUUUUGGGGGGGGUGGGGGGUGGGGAGGGCGGUUUUACAAGUGUGGAGCCUAGACGGUGA